UUUUACUUAUGGGAAAGGAAACAAUCAGGGUAAACGUGACGUCGCGUACCAAUGACGUAAAGCAACGCCACUGGUACGCGACCAUUCCUGCAGCAUUGUGAAGGACGUCGAUGAGAAGUUCGGGAUGAAGUAAUUGAAACAUAAACGUCGGCUCACUGGACAUUGCUGUGAUGGCGGUGUCAUGUCUGACCCGAGCCCUGCGCUCCCUGACUCUGUCCCAGCCUGCUCUCAUCUCCUCGCAGUUACAGGCCAUCACUCCUCUGAGGCUGGGAGCUCCCGUACCCAGUACAGUCAGCCAGUGCAGAGGCUUCCUCACCACAGCCUCUCUGGAUCAGAACAGAACGUACUGGAAGCAGAGGGAGAAGUAUACCAUCAGGCCCAUUGGAAUGAAAAAGACAGGAGGACGAGAUUAUACAGGAAGGGUACGGACACAUGGAAUCGGUGGUGGCCAUAAACAGAAGUACCGGUGGAUAGACUUCCAGCGUUUGCGCUACGAACCCCAAAGGGAAGGCCAGCCUUUUGACGAGAGGGUCAUUGAGGUGCGAUACGACCCGUGCAGGUCCGCUGACAUUGCUCUGGUGGCAGGAGGCAGCCGGAAGCGCUGGAUCAUUGCAACGGAAAACAUGCAGGCUGGAGACUUAAUUAAAACAUCAGGAGUUAUUGGACGCAUGGCUGUGUCAGCCAAUGAGGGGGAUGCCUACCCCCUGGGAGCUCUUCCCGUGGGGACUCUGGUGAACAACCUGGAGGUGCAACCAGGGAAAGGUUCGGAGUACAUACGUGCCGCAGGCACCAGUGGGGUUUUGCUCCGUAAAGUGAAUGGAACUGCCAUCGUCCAGCUUCCCUCAAAGCAGCAAGUUCAGGUGCUGGAGACCUGCAUAGUUACAGUGGGACGCGUUUCCAACAUCGACCACAACAAGCGGAUCAUCGGCAAAGCCGGCCGAAACCGCUGGCUCGGCAUCCGCCCUUCGAGCGGCUUGUGGAAGAGGAAAGGAGGGUGGGCGGGACGCAAGAUUAAACCGCUGCCUCCCAUGAAGAGUUACGUCAACCUGCCCACCAUCUCUGCCGGCUAACUUGGUCUGGACAUGUUUUUGUGCCCGUGAAUGCCUCGUGAUGUUUUCACUCUUGCACAAAUGUCUGAUGGGAAGAAAAAAGAUCUGAAUGGAGACGAGCUGUUUGUACAGAAGAUUAAAAAUUUUAUUAAACACAAAUGCUUGUGAGAGCAUGGAAAGAACCAAAACAAUAUAAAAAAAUCCAAAACAUAUUUACAUCUAUCAUAAAACAUGCAGAGUAACCCAUAUUUUUAGUGGUGAAUUUAAAAAUACUGUCAUGUCUUUUUUAAAAUAGGGUUUGUGCAAAGACACUGGGUGGCAUUUCAAGUUCCAGGCAUCAAUGAGAUGGCAUGAUGGUGUCGUAGAUUUGACCUAUAAUGAAAGUAGCAACACUGACGUCUGUUCCUUUUUGGAGUGCUAAAUUAUGGUGACAAAGCAAGCAUGCCUGCUCAUUGAUCCAGUCUUGUAAAACACCCCCAUGCUACCUCUGGAUUUAGGGUAAAAUUAGAAAGAGGUCAAAUACACUCGUCAUUUUGCUUGUCAUGAAGUAUUUCAUAAGCUAAACCGCCGGAAACAUCUCCUAACAACUCUGCCUGGGUUAAAAUCCGAGGGUCAGCUGGGCUCCUGACUGAAACACCGUGGUGAUCCCCUCAGUAAAGCAUGAAAAAAAAAAGUAACAAACAGACGCAUUCGUAAAGCCCCAAAACAAACUCCAAACAUUUAAGUGGCAAAACAUGAGGCAACAAACAGUCAUGAUGGUAUUUCAGACCUCACAGGGCACUGAAACCCAAUCAUUAACACAUCAUCCCUAGGAAAAGAGAAGAAGAAGAGGCCCUCCUCUCAACUUCAAGUAGUGGUUUACUUUCAAAAUGAACACAAACACUUCACCUCAGAACUAAAGAGUGUCCUAAUUUGAGCUACUCUGCAUAUAAAACCACAUGAAAGUGCAUUACAAAGUGAGGGAAAUGUAUGAGAAAUCACAUACCUAAUAGUGUUUGCAUUGCUAACUUCAAAUUCAUGAGUUGUGGAAAUAUAUUUGGCAUUUAUGUCAAGAAAUAAACACUAUUUGUGCUUUCAAUUUAGUGGAAGGGGAUUUGCCAUUCACAAUAGUAUAUAUUUUAUAUAUCUAUAUACAGUUAUAAAAAAAAAAAAAGCCAGUCUAUCAAAGCUUGGAAGUCUUCACUUUAUAAAAAGCAACAAACUCACACAGAAGGCCCUUUGUCCAAAGGUUUUCCUAUUGCAAAAGGUUCACGUUAACACCAGUCGGGGAGUACCAUCGAACGUGUAGCACACUACAGACACACAGGCAGUGACUCGGACAUCUGGCGAGACUCACACUUCCUCGUCAUAUUUUAAAACCUAUUUAACACUUGCACGGUGCUCGACGCAACAGUCAAAGCAUGGUUCAAGUCAGAGAAACUCAUUCUUACUUCUGUUUUUUCCCCCAGUCCCCAUCAACAGGCUUAAAUACUCAGGCUUUCAGUAUGUUUUAGGUCAGCCGUACUUGAAGACACUUGCUUAGGAUUGACACCCAUCUUUUUGGAUGCCAACACGUGGCCAAAUAUUGAGCGGUAACAGGUAAUUCUGUAUAAAACGAAUAACUCAGUAAUCCUAAUACUGAUCUCCACAGGGACCACAGACACAACAAAUGCACAAGAUUUAGCUUUCAGUAUGACAGACUACUGGGUUUGGCCAAGCCACAGGCUCCUGUGAUUGGACCACAAAACAAAGUUUGGCACAUCACUGCACAGUCGGUAACUUGCUAAGUUUCUGUGGGCAAGCCAGUACGACGAGCUGAACACAGGGUGACCAUGUUUACCAGAUAUAUCCCAUUCUGACCUGAAAUUAACUCCCAGAAGGCCGAAUUAUGACGCGACAGGGAAGCUGUAAAAGGCGUCAUUAAGCUGCAACUAAACACGGUGCUCAGGAGUUAAAGGAAGUUGUUACCCUGCUUCUAACUGCUUUUUACUGUACAAUCUCGAUGCACACUAACAAAAACGUUAGCACUCUCAACGACAGACAGUUACAAAGGAGUUAUAGCUACAUUCAUUAUAGCUACCUUCUAAUACUUUGAAUUUUUUUCCUCUUGGGUUGCUUUAGUGUGCUUCAAAGCAACGAGGCAACGAAAAAAAAGAACUUCACGUUCCUUCCUAUAAAAACUCACUUUUUUUUAAGAAAGUAAAGGGACGAGUUAGAAAACCGAGCACUCAGAAGAAAAAGGAUUCCACCUAAAUUCACAGCAAUAUUCCAACUUUGAACAACAAAACACAAACACGGUCUGCAAAGGAUCUCACGCACGUCACUGCACGUCACCACCACACUCUUCCGUUGUCUAUAGAGUAACAAUAAAUGUAGGAUUUCACAGAAAUAAUAAAAUGUCAACGAAAAAAAACAAAGUGCAAACACAGCUGCCGUUAUCGAAAUGUGGCAAUUUUGUCAAGAACCUCAAAACACUUGAGGCGGUAGCACAAAUCUUACAAAAUAGUACUUGUUCUUUAUGUAGUGUGUAAAAAUAAAAAAAGGGGGGGGGAAAAAAAGAGAGAGAAAAAAACAACAACACCCAACAACAUCAAAAAACAUCAAAUUGACAAUGUGAACUUUGUGUGUUGAACACGUGGUUGUGGUCAGUAAGAUUUCCACAGGAAAACUAUUACUGCCCUGCGGCCGUAGGGAUGGAGGGAGGGGGGUGGGGUUGGGUGGGGUCUUCU